AAACUGCGUCCUCAAGCCUCACAUCUCUCCCUUGGUCCGCUCACCCAACACACUACCCCACAUGGCUAGCGAAUGCUCAUACCCCGAUCCUGGGAAUCCUGAUGAAUUCUGUCUUCAAAGGAACUUUCCUCUCCGCGCUGGUAUUCUUCUCGUCUCAGAAAUUGGCCUAGUGUCAUUCACCCUGGCAACCUCGCUUCUCAUUUACUUUCUGGUACCAGGACACAGAGUCCAUCCCGAAGGCCUUGAAUAUGAAGUCCAGCCCAUGUCAGUGUUAUUUCUGUUCGCCCUCUCUUUAAACGCAAUUCAAGGCACAUCAAAUGUCAUGUCCGUCAAGUGGGCACUCGAGGGUGAAGUUACCGAAGGAUCGUACUGCACGGCGCAAGCAGUGAUGAGACAAAUCGGCAAUGACGGCGUCGCAUGGUUCACCAUCGCAAUCGUGGUGUUGACCUACCUCCAAGUUUUUCACCCCGGUUUCAUUGGGGUGCGAGGCCAGAAAAUAUUUAUGGCAGCAUCAAUUGGCUUCAUUUCCUUAUUCAUCUUUAUCAUGGUGUUGAUUCCUGCUGCCACCCUCUAUCCAUAUUAUGGCGACACUGGAUUGUGGUGUUGGAUUGUCAAGAGGAAGGAAAAUUCGCGAUUCUGGAUCGCAAGUGAAAAUGCUUGGACGUGGCUUGCCGUCUCAGUGACACUAGUCGCUUAUGGCAUAAUUGCGCUAUGGGAUGGUAUCCUAUUGGUACGUAUAACCGUCCCGCACAGUCAACCCUCAUACACUUUUCCUGUAUUAGUUUAUUUCGUUGUGGUUGCACCUCAAUCCGUACUUCGUUUGCUUCAAUUCCAGGCUAGCCAGACACGCCAUGGAUGGACGAUCCUUACUUCUGCUAUCUUUUCCUCGGGUGGUGCCCUCAACGUCAUUUUCUGGCUCUGGACAGGUAGACGCUUCGGGUUUAGCUUGCGAGUCCAGGAGCUAGAGCGUAACCAGCCUCGUCCCGAAGACGUUGAGUUGGACCAAUUAGUUACUUAGGAUAUGCUCAAGUCCGUGAUACGUGAACUGUAUGUUCAUAUGAUUAUUUACCUAGCGUGAU